UUCUGUCACCUUUUUAUUCUACGCGACUGCUCGUCCCCUCUAAACCCUAAAAAAACCCGACCCAGAAAAUGUCGGAACUAAUCCCGCCGGAACUGGUAACCCUAAUUCUACUCCGGUCACAAGUAGACACACUACUCCGGUGCAGGUCAGUCUCAAAAGAAUGGCGUAGCAUAAUCGACGAUCCAGAUUUCAUCACACAACACAUGAACCAUUCCACUAACAAAUCCCUUUUCUUCAAAGAAAAUUUUUCCGGUUACUUAUUCCAACUCGACUUGGAUAAACUAUACGGUGCUGGCUCCAUCCGGUUCUGUGACCAACCCGAGAACUCGGACAACCUAUACGAGUUAGUAAUCGGGUCAUGCAAUGGUUUACUGUGCAAGAGAAGUGCGAGAAACGAUGGAAUUUUGAUACAGAAUCCUCACACUAGAAAACACUACUCUUUGUCAAGCUUUUUGCCGUCUAAUUUCAUGCGUAAAGACGGGAAUGGAUUCGGGUAUGAUAGUGUCACUGGUGACUACAAGAUUGCUAUGAUUGUGAUGGAUCCGCUAUCGCGUCAGUUACAAUCUGAGAUUUUUAUUUGCAAUGUGAGAACUAAAGUAGUUCAUGUUAUUCAAUUGCCUUACUUGGUUAGUACAGAGGGUAAUUUUGUGGGUACGCUUGUUAAUGGAACUUUGCAUUGGCUUGUGAAUAAGUAUGAUGGUCGUAGCACGGCCAAUGUGAUUAUGGGUUUGGAUCUUGGAACGGAAGAAUUUGGAGAAGUUGCACAUCCCGAGUUUAGGAGAAAUGAGAGUGAUGGUAUUAAAAUGUUUAUUGGGGUGUUAGAAACAUGGUUGUGUGUGUUUGUUGAGCAUUAUAGAGUUGGAAUUGAUGUGUGGGUUAUGAAGCAAUAUGGGGUUCAAGAAUCUUGGACUAAGCUUUUUACGAUUCCUUGUGAUGUUUUGAGCUCCGAUUCUUGUGAAUCGAUCGCUGCCGUGUGUUUCUCUAAGUCGGGUUUGGAAGUUUUGUUGGAAGUGGAUAAUAGCAGGCUUGUUUGGUAUGAUAUUGAAAGGAAAAAGGCGGUGGAUAUAAUGAUUCAAGGAUUCGAAAGUGAUUUAUUUGAAACCAUUAUUUGCUUGAGAAGUCUUGUACCACUAGAUGCAAGUGUUGUAGGAUUUGAUGAAGAAGAGCCUAAACAAUCACAUAAUUCUAAACAGCAAAACAAAACAAGCAAGAAAAAAAAAGAUGAUUUCUUGUCAACGGGUUUCAAGCUCAAACUGUAGUAUCAAGGGCGAUCAACAGGGACUCAUUUCAACUGUUUUUUAGGACAUGAGAAAGCUUCAAAGGUGGAAGCACUAAUUUUUGUUUGGUGAUCUAAUAUCUGAGGUAUGCACAUUGAAUGUUUAUACAGUUUAUAUUUGAACCUUUAAAAAAAUAGUUGGUUGUAAGUAAUUUGGUUGCUCAUCACUUCAACUUAUUCUGUUAGUGGAGUUUUAUAUUUUGACCAUUUAGUAUUUUUUUAACUAACAAUUGAUUUGGUUUGAUUUGUUUAUGAUCUUUCUUUACCACUUAUGCA